GUCUUUUUCGUAUCUGCCAAUUUUGAUUGUAGUCAUUGAGAUACCCCUACUGUUUUAUUAUUAUAAUAUUAUUAUGCUCUUUGGAACAUUUAAUAUUUAGAUGCUGGUGUUAAUUAUUUUGAUUUUGUUGAAAUAUGAUUGAUCCUCAUGACGAUGAUGUACUCUGCUAUAAUUAUUUUAUUUAUUACAAAUUGUAGGAAUAAUAUAAGUUUAAUAAUGAAGGUAAGACAACUGGUCUAUCAUGUAAAUCACAUGAAAUAAAUUGUUAUUCCACUGAAUUUCCAACUGGGGUGAAAAUUAUUCAUUGCAGUUCCAACUUUAUCCAACACAGUGGAUUCAGUUGGUGAAAUAAACUUGUGACUUGUGUUUGAACACUUGCCUGAAAAGCAAAUGUUCAAUUUGAGUUUAACAAAAGCCUGGAGAAGAAUAUGUAACACAAGUGAAACAUCCCUGGACCAACAAGUUAAACUGCUAUUAAAGCUUGUUUAUGAAAUCUCUGCAAACAUUACAGUGUUGGUAGGAAAUUAAGUAAAAAAGAAAUUCACAUAACAUACUAAUAUUUACAUAUGUAAUAAGUAAAUCCAUACUCCCCAACAGGUAUUAUAACACAGGUGAAGUGUAACAAGGUAAAUAUUCUCAGUGACUAUCAGCAGGUUUCUCAGGGGUGUGAGCUAAUAAAGUAAACACGGAUAAGCCCUGUAGCAAUCAGAAAAUAGUAGGAGUAUACCUCCAGUGUCACUAUUUGAGGACAGGAGCUGCUUCAAACUAAGGUAGUCACUUCAUUUAAUGCCUUUUCAGGAAUUUGAUUCUGUUUACCUGAGACGUUUAAUGCGAAACCCAAACGUUCAGUGUUUUAUGUGAAAGUAUUACUUAACUCCAGGCCCACCCUGGUUACACACACAGAGGAAGUUACUUAAAAUUCCCAAUGGAGAGAAAGGCUUUGGCUUUGAAGGCGAUGAUUAUGAAGCAUCGUCCGAAGAAGGAGAAUCUAGAUCCUCGGACGUGGAUUAGACAGGAGACAAUGAGGGGAUUUGCUGAUUUUGUUCUGAACAAGCACUCGGACAAAGAGACGGACAAAAGUUUUGACAACAAAGAGAUGUUGCUUGAUGCAGAAAAAAAAUUCAUCGAGGCAGCCAAGAAGAACGAUGUAGAGACCAUGAAGAUACUUGGAAAGGGGUUAAAUGCAAAUGCAAAAAACGUGCAUCACAGGACUGCCCUUCAUUAUGCAGUAGCUGGAAAGAAUACAGAGGCUGUUCAGUUUCUUCUACAGCGCAGGGUCAAGGUGGAUCAGAGGGACAAGUACGGUGUGACACCCAUUCAUUUGGCUGCCUGGUUUGGCAGUUUAGAGAUCCUGAAAUUAUUAGUGCAGGCCGGGGCUGAACAGAAGAUUGAAAACGAGGAAGGAUUGAACAUCAUGCACUGUGCUGCUGUCAACAACCAGACAGAAAUUAUAGAGUACAUCGUCAAUGAUCUGCAAAUGAAGGAACUCGACAAAGAUGACAGGUCUGGACACUCUUCGUUUGCACUGGCAGCAGAGCAUGGCUGUGUUGAAAUGUUAGAGAUGUUGAUGGAGCCCUCAUACAACAUGGCCACCAUGAAGCCCAAUGAGAGAGGGGACACGCCCCUGCACUUAGCUGCCAGGAACGGCCACCUGGAUGCUGUCCAACUACUGCUGCAGAGCUUUGAUACUCGCGAUGAAGUCAAUAUGGAUGGUGAGACAGCUCUUUACCAGGCUGCAGUGAAUGGACAGGAAGAAUGUGUCCUGACCCUGCUGGAGGCCGGCUGUGACCCCAACAUCGUCACAACAACCCAAUGUAGUGCUUUGCAUCCAGUUUCAGAAAGAGGUGACACAUCUCUGGUUCAAGUCCUCUUAGAGUAUGAAGCCCAGACAGACUUUCAGGAUCAGAACCAACAGACUCCUCUCCACCUCGCAGUGAAGAACAGUCACAUCCCUGUCAUCAACGCUCUACUGCAGGCUGGCUGCAACGUUAAUGCCACCGAUAAGAGGUCCCAGACUGCCAUGCAUAUCGCUGCAGAGGUGGCCAAAGCAGAAGUUGUGGAAAUGCUUCUUAAGACUGGGUUGGAUCUAACACUGCAGGAUAGACAAAGUAAAACGGCUUUGGAUGUUGCAGCCAGAGCAGAUGAGGUUAUCAUUGUUGACAUGAUCAUCAAAGCAGAAAGAUACUAUGCACAGAUAAAGGCCAAUCCUGAGCUUAAUGAAAGUGUUCGCAGUGAGUUUCCGCUAACAUUUAAGCUCGACCAUCGCUAUGAGACCAAGCAGCUCCGUUCAGUAGCUUGGCGUUUGGCAUACGAGCUUCUAAAACCAGGAGACUGGAAGAGACUGGCAGAACACUGGGGCUUCACAAAGAAACAAAUGGCAGCCAUUGAGGAACAAUGGACGGGUCAGCACAGUUAUCAGGAGCAUGGAAACAGGAUGCUGCUGAUCUGGCUCCACGGGGAGGAGUUGGCUCACAGGAACCCGACUAAAGGACUCUUCCAGGGUCUCACUGUCACAGGCAACACAAAAGCUGCAGGUACAUUAAGUUAAAUACAAUAAAUAUUCCAUUAUAUAUGCUGUCCUAAAAGUCUGAGGAUGUGUGCCAAAACUGUUAUUACAGAAAAUGAUUGUAUGUCUUACAGAUAAAAUUCGAAUUGAGGCAGAAAGUUCCAACAAGAGCUGCACCAUUUCCUGAUGACAUACAUUGAAAAGUGUGGAU